GCUUUUCAUAAUUCGGUGAAGCGUAGUCGAGAAGCAAGCCAUUUUUGAUUUAGUUCCAGAAGAGUGACUGAUUGGCAUCGAGUGGUCCUUGUCACCUGUAAUUGCAUUAAAUUUUGUAUGAUAACAAAGCAGGGUUAGAAAAAUAUGCCUCCGAAAAAAGGGCGCAGUGGAGCGGGGAGCAAACGCGCCAUCCUCAAGGAUGACGACUCUGACGACGCUGUGCCCCCUGCUGCGGAAGAGGCACCUCCCGUUGAAGGUGACGAUGCAGAGAUCAACGAUGUAGAAGAUGAGGCGCAACUCGACCAAACAGGAGUCGAUGAGGAGGCACCACAGAACGCAGAAGAGGAUGCUCCUGCGGAAAGUCCGGUAGAGCCUCCUUCAGAAAAACCAGUGGCGAAGAAACGUGAGCGCCUUUUGCCCGCCGAAGAUGAGGAAGAUUAUAGCCCACCGAGUCCGAAAAAGAAAGCGCUCAAAGUUCAGUUCUCGCACUAAGGCUGGAGAGUUAAUAACCUAAAAAGUAGAGAUGAAAUUUAUACUACAGGUACAGAUUGAUAUCAACACAUACUACAUACUGAUAUGAAACUCUAAAUUACGGAUGAUCCUGUACGUCGUGAGAUUGAGAGCGAAUAAUAUUUGUGUACUUCCGAGAAUAAAAGGGGCAAUCACGUAAGCGAUGACGAUCAUGAGGAAAGGCCCUGUUGUUUCGAUAUCUCGCUCUAGUCUAAUAUUCGGAGAUCGAAUACGACCACCCGCUGGUAGAUCCUACCACUGGCAGGCCUAUUACGGAUUCAGCGCUGCUAGGUCCCGGUCCUGGAACGGCAAACGGCGAGAGCUCAGUUGCCAGUCUUAUGCCAGCCGAGUCAGGCAUUAGUCAGACAGGGGAGCAAAUGGAUGCUGCGGCUGCAGGCUUGCCGUCCGCAUCAAGAGGAGUCGCACAGGCGGCAGGUGGUGCGCAAGGCUCCGCAGCAUCGCCAGAUAGCAAUUUGCUCCCAGGACCGUCCGGUGAAGCUACAAGGCAGCAUCAAGCCGAUGCCAUUGCGAAAAUGUCACAGCAAGCAGCGACGCAAGGAGCAGGCGCCGUAGUCCUGCAAUCGGCUCCCGGUGAUGUUGCUGCGAUUGACACACAACAAGGGCCGCUGAAACACAAGCCGCGACUCAUGAUCAAGACCAUCAUAUUGGAGAACUUCAAAUCCUACGGCACGACGCGCGAGAUCGGACCAUUCCAUCACAACUUUUCCGCCAUCAUUGUAUGAAUACAGAAUAUACUUUUCGUGCUAGUAAGAUGGAGAGUAAGCAUGAGAUUGAGAAGCACAGUAAAUGAUGUGCAUGGAAGAUUAAUAAGUAGUCAUAUAUGAUAUGUUCCAGGGGCCAAGGCCCCCCCGUCUAACUUUUUCAGGGGGGGGCCUCCAGCCCCAGACCCUUUUCCUGAGGGACUGCCGGGCGGGAAGGCCUCCCAACGCCCACCGUCGAGCCCGCGCGGCUUCUUAAAUGUACCCUACAGAACCCAAACCCCUGAGGCCGUUCAAGCACGGAAGGGCAGGGGUGGAAGGCUUCUGAAGGCGGCAAAGCUGGCAAGGCUUGAAUGUACCCUACAGACCUGCCGCGUGCGGGCUCCUCACUGGAGGAGCCCAUUGGGGGGUGGAGGGACUCCGAGGGCAGCAGGCGGCAAGGCUUUACCCCCUUGCCGUGUUUCGUGUACCCUGCAGACCUCCUGUGUGCGGGCUCCUCACUGGAGGAGUUUGGCCCCUGCUGCCCCCCAGGAGGGCCAAAGGGGCCAGGCCUCGCGACCGUGGCCGCCUUCGGCGGCCUCUUUCCCCCGGAGUCCUCGGAUAGGAUCCAACAAUCGGGACGCCUGUGGGGUACACGCGGAGAGCCGCCAGGGGCCUCCAGCUUCGCCUUUUGAGGCCUUCCCCCCCGUGAGUUCUUACAUGUCACCACCGCGAAAAAAUGGGCGCGCGAACGCCACCGCCGCUCCAUCCACUCCACAGGGGGGGCCUCCACCCGCUAGAACAUUUCGUAAGAAGGAUGUUGGAUUGCAUGGCAUUGCAUGCAUUGCAUGAGCCGAGGGGGUCAGAGUGCGACCUUCUUAAGGGAGCGACACGGGAACGAUACGAAGACUCAGGGCGCGGCUGCGGCAUAGGAAUACUUUACUUGGCUCCGUUGUAGGAGUACUUGGAUAGUGCUGGCACGUACUAGCUAUUGCAAGUAGCUCGACUAGGCUAGCUUGCCUGUGAUCUCGACCGUCUUGCCACUGUUCCCUGGCGCACACAGGCCGCGGCGUUUGCGCUGCUCCUUGCUUGUUUCUGGGGCGAGGUCACAGUGGGGCCGUGUUUGUGUCCGUGUAUCGUAAAGUAAUUCUUCGGCGGAGCAGCCCGGUAUUGCGGAGGAAGUAUGGCGCCCGAAGGGCGCCGCGAAAAAUAUACUGUUUUUUGGGUGGUCCAUCCAUGCAAUGCAUGCCAUCCAUGCCAUGAAAUCCAGAAGUUCGGAGGUUGCCUCGUAUUCUAAUUAUAAAUAUAAAUAUAUGCACCAGGGAGGGAGGCCCCCCCCUUUGGAUGGAUCUGGGGUGGACCACGCCAGAGGGGUCCAGCCUGGCCACCUUUGCGCGGUCUGUAUGGUUGGCCACAUGCAGAACGCCAAGGGGGUGGGUCCCGCCUUGCCUCCUCUGCCAGCUCUGUCGGGUACCGCAACACGCCAGAGGGCGUCAGCCUUGCCACCUUUGCCAGGUCUGUAGGGUACAGGCAACAAGGCAGCGGGGCCCUGCCUUUGCCAGGCCUGUAGGGGACAUGCCACAAGGCAGCGGGGCCCUGCCUUUGCUCCCUUUGUCAGGUCUGUAGGGCACAUGCAACAAGGCAGCGGGGCCCUGCCUUUGCCCCCUUUGUCAGGUCUGUAGGGCACAUGCAACAAGGCAGCGGGGCCCUGCCUUUGCCGCCUUUGCCAGGUCUGUCGGGUACAUGCAACAAGGCAGCGGGGCCCUGCCUUUGCCCCCUUUGCCUUUGCCAGGUCUGCAGGGUACAGGUAACAAGGCGGGAAGGGGUCAGAAGUGGGCGCUUUGAGGCCUUCCCGCCCGGCAGCCCCUCGAAAAGAGGGGCCGGGGCUGGCAGCCCCCCCCCCUUCAAAAAGUUAGAUUGGGGGGGGGGCCUCCAGCCCUGAGCCCUGGAACAUAUAUAUACAUAUAUUUCAUAUAUAGAUACAUCCGUUUUUUGGCCCCUUCCUUGUACCUACUGGCUUGCGCUUUGUAUGUCCACAAAGUAGUCUACUUCUUGGACCUCCAUUUUUCAUGCAUCGGUCCGAACGGAAGUGGUAAGUCGAAUACGAUUGACGCUUUGCAGUUUGUUUUCGGCAAGAGCGCGAAGAAAAUCCGAUUAUCCAAGCUUUCAGAGCUGAUUCACUCGAGCAAGCACAAGAAAGACCUACAAUAUUGUAAAGUAAGCGUCCACUUCCAGGACAUAGUAGACGUUGAAGAUCCGAAGACCGGAUUGCCGUACACCGUCGUUCCAGACAGCGAAAUUGUCGUAGGCAGACAGGCGACCCGCAAAAACAACAGUGACUACCUCAUCAACGGGAAAAUAAAGAAAAGAGAAGAUUAUGACAAAAACUCCUUAUCACUAGGAGGACAUGUGGGUUUGGAUUAAGUACACGGAAAUACAUGUGCAUUUACAACUAUUUAUCUAUAGUAAAUCACGAUGCUCUUUUUGAUUUCGCCUCUCUGCCACACUGGGCCAUAGCACUCCUGUACUAGUACUUACCACGAUUCCCCUACAUAUCAUACGAAGAGCCAUCCCUUAGUACCUUCCUGAUCUUUUGACAUCACAUCUUCAUGCAUAAGUGAUCGAUCUGCUGAAAGGUAAGGGGAUUGAUUUGGUGCACAACCGUUUUCUUAUCCUGCAGGGUGAAGUUGAGGCAAUUUCAUUGAUGAAACCUAAGGCAUCACAAGACGGAAGCGACGACGGCUUUCUCGAGUAUUUAGAGGAUAUCAUCGGGUCGAACGUCUACAUCCCGCAGAUCCGCAAACACGAGGCAGCAGUUGGGGAACUCACUUAUGCACCUGGAGCAUCAUACUGAUACUAUUAGAGACAAAAUAUUAGUAGCCGCUGUUAUACAAGAACUGGAACCUCGAAUUAAAAGUACUAGCUGAAAUAAGGCACCAAAGGCGAAGAGAAGUCGUUCUCCAGAGAACUCUGACUCAGACAUCCAUAGAGGCUUUAACAGGGGCUAUGAGAGGCUGCUGUAUCUAUGCAUAAGAUCGCACGAAUUAGUUUGAUCAUCAUCAUCAUUAUCCUCAGGCCUGGAAGAGCCUCAUCGUAACAUUGUCACUAUCCCCUUUCUGUUUCUAAGUAAGAGAGGAGAGGCAAAUGGCGCUGCAAUCAUUGACGAUAGCGCAGAAGGCUCGCGAUGCUCUUGAUGGUGGUCGUCUCGAGGCAGAAGCAUGGGUGCGAAACAAAAAAAGCCAUCUUUUGCACACAGCGGCUUUGAUUAAGAUGCACGUAGAUUGAUUAGUAACCGUGUCAUUGACAUGGAGAUCGAUGAUCAAUGAACAUUUAUUAACUCGUAGGAGUCAGCUCUUUCCGGUAUUCUUUUCUCUUUUCUAGGUAGUUGCUUAGCCUCCUGAGGCUUGGGCUGCACACUGCAUAAGCGAUUCAUUCUUGGCAAUCUCAUCAUCAACAACACAAGAACUCAAUAGGAGAAUGGUCUAAUCUCUAUCAGGUGGAUCUUUUCGUUUCGCGUAAAGAUGAAGAAAAACUUCACGCCGACAUGCUCCUGGCAAAGGAACAGAUGGCAGAAUAUGUUAUGCAAUGGAGGAGGGAUAGAUUUUUGAAUGUUUACCUACGUGGUACAUUUUAGUGUUUACAACUUACGAUCAUUGGGGGUGUUACCAUUAUCUGCGAGUGCGACUGUGUCUAUGAUACGAAGGCGGGUAUAUCCGUUCCAUGAGCUAAAAAUGCUAAGUGUCGUGAAGUUGUACUUUAGUACUGAUGAUAGGUUUACUUUUUUACCGGUCUACGACCCGUUACUUUGAUCGUCGUCACAUUGUUUCUUGUACGCUUGCUGUUGUCAGAAUCCUUAAACAUCUAUUCUGUAGAAAAUUGAAGCUCUAAGGUACAUGCCGGGCUACAGGAAUAUCAGGUGAAGAUGCAGGAGAUCGAAAAAACGCAAAAGUUAACAAUUUAUGGCUUGGAACGAAAAUUCAUCCUGAGUAGCUACAGCUUCUUCUACCACGAUCGAUAUACUACCACUUUCUUAUGUGAAUUUAUUUGCUGUUCAUCGGAGCUUUUUCAAUUGUGUUGUACCUUUCAGCUCGUAAAAACUCGGCACUUGUCUCAGGCUGACGCUUGAACAAUAUGAAUAUUUUGUUCUAUGAAAAAACUUUUGUUACAGUAUCGACAACUCCCUUCCACAGAUGAAGAAAAUAGGCCAGGAUAGAGGAUCUAAAACGUGGAUAAGAUGGCAUCGGAGAAAACGCGAAAGGUCGACUUAAAGAAAGCCUUCGAGGCAGUGGAGGAAGAACAUGUACCGAUUUUUAGUAGAACGCACCGAUUUCUAGUAUUGUUUGGAAGAAGCACGACUUUCUUAGUAUUGUCAAAAAAGGUAAACGUACAACAGGAAGGACGGGUGAACUGACGUCAAGUUCCACGCGUUACAACUACACGAAUAUGCGCAAGACCACGUCGAGGUUUUGUUCCAUGAGAUUAAACUUUUGACUCUAGUACUUGACUCUACUAUGUAUUCACAAGUUCAAGUCUAGUCUCUAGGCUAUUGCGAUUCAGUUUGAGAUGUAUGACAUCGACCACGAUAUUCAUAUUAAUAAAAUAGCACCUUGAAGAAUUCCUCGAAUCACUACCGUCAACACGAACAGCAAAAAGCUAGGGCGGAUAAGGCAUACUUUGAGGAGGAGAAGGUAAAGAUCGCAAAGCAAAUUGAAGAAGCAGGAAAAAAUAGGGAGGAGAACCUCAAGGCAGCCCAAGAUGCGGAGCAAAACUUGAUCCCCAAACUGGAAGCCGAAGUGCACUCUUACUUAUGACUAACUCUGCUUCGUCUCUCUCUCGGGGUACCCCUACUCUGAGUUAGGUAUCUCUCUCUCAGAACGUGUCACCGUAUAGAUACAACUCCCCGUGAACAAUAUUAUACGAGCGUCAUCGUGCUGCAUUUGCAUUACUAGUGCAUUUAUUUCUUUUAUACAUGAUAUUAGGAUGAAAUAGAAAGAGAUUUACAGCGCACACAAGACUACCGAGACGUCGCUGCAGGGGAGAAACAGCACUCUAAUUUGCGAUCAGAUCAAGAAAAACAAGCAGAAGAAGCUCGACGAUAUUGAGGCUGAAGCAAAGGGUACCACUUAGUUACCAUGAAAAAAAUUGAAAUUACCAACAUGUUUUAGUAGUUACAGAAAACAAUUUUCUUCAACAACCAUCUACAACUCUACUACCUUCUACCAGCUGAAACGGAAAUCAAGGAGCGCGAGAAGAAGGAGAAAGAGCGGGAGCAGGCGCCACUAGCGAAGGCUCUGGGUAAGCUCGAGCAGGAGAAAAUUAAUUUAAGGCUGUUCUUGAGAACUACGUCUAAAAAACUGUUAUAGUCAUUUUUAUAAGUGGGCAGUUGUAACAGUGUGCUUCCUGCAUAUGUUGAUAUUUAAUACAUAGUUAACGGUAAUUUUGUUCAAGAAGGGCUCGGGCCAGGCGAGUCCUGUAUUCUUAGCAGGUGUUGUCUCGAAAGUGAUCAUUUCAACAGAAGUGGAGUAAGAACUACAGGAAAACGGGCCUCGAUAUGACAUCACUACUCUGAAUGAUAGUGCAAGCGAUGAAAAACCCUCUCAAUUUUUUGAUUUUUUCAGCACCUGAACUGGAGUAGCUAUUUGAAUUCGUUCUCUGCCUGGGGCUCCUCCUGAAGAUAUAUUACAAGUAGUUCAUUUUGUUGUAGGGUUUGGCUCAGGUCCAGCCGCGCUUAAAGCACAAAAAGAAAACAGCCGGUUAGAAGUUUUAUUCCCUAAUGCGAUCUAGGUUAGUCCCUUCAUCCAAGAUAUAACUCAUCUUGAAUUCGUACUCUGCCUGGGGCUCCUGAAGCAGAUGGCCAUCGAUAUUUGAAGCUUUCUAAUCAACCUCGAGUCAGAAAGGGACCAUUUGUUGCGCAAGGUGUACGACGCGAAACGGCAUCUACAAGACCUGAAAAAUAGGCGAAGCAACCAGCAUAGCUUCAUGUCUCACCUUGACGCCAAAAUCGCUGGAAACAAGGAUUACGUAUUUCCACCUACUUAUUUUAGUAAUGGUAGUAUUCUGGGCCAUCGUGGUGUUCGUGAUCGUCUUUCAAUGAAUAAGUCUAGAAAAAAAAGUCUCAACAUCUCAUAAUAAAUUAGAGAAAAUACAUCCCAAGAAUCACGGGAGAAGAGGUCGAGGAUCAUUACCUGUAGAUCGUACUAAAGUCAAUCAACCUUUUUCCAAUCAUUUCAGAUCAAAGAGAUGGAAGUCUUUCUUCCCGAGGCAGCAAAAGCAUUAGAGGAGAACGACCAGAAAAUCAAGCAGAAAAAGGAAGCGAUCGAGCAGCUUCAUUAUGGAUAUCGGUGCAUGCUGAUGCUACUUAUACCUUGUACGCGAUUAAAUCAGAUUCUCCGUCAAGCAGGAGCAGGACAAAUUUAGAUUUACAACGUUUCGCUUUCGGCUUCACUGAAAGAAGAGUCAUUAGCAUCCAUAUCUUCCUGCUCUGUCAUUGAUGAAGGUAACGUUUGCACCAGCAGUACCAGUAUGAAUUUGAAUAUCAAGAAACAGAAAAUCCCUAGCACCAUAACACUCCCCCUUCCCCACUUCCUCUUGCUGAGCUUAUACUCCCCGAAUGGGUAAACUACUACUACUACUUGUAUUCGGUUCGGAUUACUACUUGAUGAGACUCAUGCAGGUAUGCUGGGUAGAACUACUCCUGUAAUGUUGUUGUCCUCGGUCGUAGUCGUAACCGUCGCAAGGUUGUAACUGACAUUUUGGUUUUCUCGAGAACCUCUACCUAAGCAUCAUGUUGAAGCAUUCUAAUUUGAAAGCAAAGUCGAAGUGGCGCAUUGGCAGCUGAGCAAUUUUAAGAGUCAAACUGCAAAACAGCAGGCCUUCGUCCGAGCAAAAGCAGAGGGAAAGAUCAAUUUCAUCGGACGACUUGGUACUUUCACAAUAAUUCCACCUAAACCUAGUUUUAGUACUUCAAGUACAAGGACGGGUCUCCGAGCAGUCGUUUCACCUAUUAGUUCUGAACUAUUUAGUACCUAGUAGUAGUACGAGGAAGCAGUAACCUAAGCGCUAAGAACACUGUGGAAGCACAUGACUCACCAAGCGGUCACGUUCUAGAAAAACGAAAAAUAACAGGAGAGCUUGAAAAACAACAAAAGCAUCAACAAGCUUGGCCCGCUCUUUGUUUUUGAUGUCAAUUGAUGAGGCUGGGCUGUGUACUCCUCUACAUACUUAAAAAUUUUACUCCACCAGUACUUUUGGCUCAUUUAUUUCAGGGGAUCAAUAUUGACUUCUUCGAAAAUGUGACUCUCAAAGUCCGUGUUAGCUUGCGAUCUUUGUUAGCUAACGCUAUUCGGGUUAGCGUCGGGGCAUUUUUCCCAUUAUUUACUGAGCAGGUAAAUAACCGAAAUCGAUUUCGUCUUCCCCUACAGGUGAUCUCGCAACGAUCGAUGACAAAUACGAUGUUGCAAUUACCAAUGCUUUCGGGAAGGCAACUUUCGAUCAAAUUGUUGUGGAAACCACUGAAGACGCUACGCAGCUUGUUGAUUAAGAGCAGAUGGGGAUGCCUCAAAUAUACUAGUCGAAGUUGAAUGCGUACUUCUUGACACUCUAGUACUAAUACCACAUGCGCUUUAGUAAUCUAUGACGUUGAGCACCAACAGCAUUCCCUGAUGACUCUCUUACUCGUGAUAUUACGACCUAAUUGUUAGUGUAUCUAGAUAGAUUAUCUGUCGCUAGUAUCUCUAGAUUAUCUUCUGUACUGUUAUCUGUACUACGCACUUGUAAUUCUCUAAUCUCCAUUUGUGCGUCAGAAUCAACAUGAAAUUCCGGGAAGAAUAAACUGCAUGUGCCUCGACAAAAUGCGCCAGAACAAAAAUUGGAAUCGUCCACGCCCGGAAGCACCAGCCCCUCGACUUUUUACGAGCAUGCUCCUUCUCUAGUGUCGUGCAUCGAUAGAUUAAUAACCUUAUUUGUAUUUAUUACCGUCAGAACCGUAAAAAGUUUUCAACUUCAGAAAUCAGAAAGUGAACUGCUUGGAUUACAUACUGCGCGUCUUGGAUUAGGAUUACAUACUGCAGAGCCGGAAAUCGGCAUCUUCAAACUUCCAAAGGAAUCCAAAAACUAAAUCGAUGUACGUUGAAAUCCAAUACCAAGAUGAAGCACUUUCAUGACUUACGAUCUGAUCAAGGUCGAGCAUGAGCAAGUAAAACCUGCUUUCUACAGCAUUCUCAGAGACACACUGGUCGCCGAGGACAUCAAAAAAGCAGACAAGGUAGAUAAAUGUUCCUGAUACUUCUUCUCUUCGCAGCAGUGAACGAUGACCGUUACAACAUUUUAUCUCUGAUUCUAUUUACUGUAUAAAGAAAUUCUAUAUCAGAAGUAGAGGUACUGCCUUCACCAACUUCUCGAGUGAUGUUACGCUAACUAAUGAUGAUGCCAGUACUUGUACUAGAAGGUAUCCUUAUUAAAAACUAGACUAGACCUCAGUGAAAAUCCUACGACCACCUAAAAUUUUCAUCCUUGUUGGGUUCUUAAACGCUAUUUAAUAUGGUGGUAAUGCACGAAAGAGAUGUCCAAGGUAGCCUUGAUCAAUUUACCGUCCAACAGAUUUCCCAUGAUACGCGGUCAAACAAUGGGCAUCGAUGGAGGGUGGUCACUCUCGGGGGUGAUGUCGUCGAACCGGUCGGUACGUUCGUUGGUUAAGAUUGUUGGUAGUUUGAUUAAUAGGUAUUCAUGUGCAUGGCGCCGGAAUCCGAGGUUGUGUGAGAGAUCUUCAUGAGACGGGAAAGUCGUUUCCUCUGGUAGUCGCAACUACACGAUUGAACCAGGAGACUUUGAUAGUAGACCUGCCAUUCACUAGCUCGACUUCCUUGGGGGGAGGUUCUAAAUUUGGGGUGGAAAGCAGAAUCCUUCGCGAGGCGGGCUGACUGGAGGCGGAGCGCAAACGUGUGAAUACACGGAAGCGCAGCUGGCAGCCAUGCAGCAGGACCUGAACAAAAUUCUUAUGACCACGUGGAACGAAAUUAUUUAACUGUUAAAAACAGGCAGCUACAACAAGGUGCUACGUGAUUCGGCUGACCGAGAAUGGCCAGUAAGUGAUUAUUGACAUUCCCAGUUCCUUUAUUGGUUGUCGAGCUCGAGAUGGCCACUCCCAAAAUUAUCCCUACAAUUGUGCCACACCUAAUUUGUAGCUAUACCUGUGAGGCAGGUGACGACGUGUUAACACGAUUAUCGGAUGAUCAAAGAUAAUCCGUAGUAUUAUGAGUAGUUGACUUCCUGCUUUCAUACAUGGCGCGGAAAAAGACAAGAUGGAAGCCGAGCAACACGAACUUAAAAAGGUCUCGCUGGACGAAGAGAAUACGAUACACAAGCAGAAAUGUGAUUUGCGAGUUACGAUGUCCAUUGUCUCUCAGAAAUACUUUCGGAUCUUGUCGCUAAGGUCAUCACGAACGAUGACAACAGAGACCACAGCAUGCAUGCUCUUGAAGGCCCGUUAUUGACACCUCUUUUCAUGUUCUUCACAACUAGAGAUAUUUUUGAUAGUACUUGUAGAAUGCUCGCCUAGGUCUAUCUAACAUCCAAAAUACCGAAAAGAAGAAGCAGACUGAGCUGAAUUUGAAGACCUUGGAACAGCAAAUCACAGACGCGGAGAAGAUUGAAAGUCUCUCUCCCGAAGAACAGAGGCAAGUGGACAAGCUUGGAGGACUGGUAAAACAUAUCUAUUCUGUACUUAUUUUCGAUGCAGCAUACCUGUAGCACGUCUCGGAACUUUUCUCACGCUUAGUACCUUAUUGAGUAGGCUAGAAAUACCACCAGAAGGAAGAAGUGAUAAUCAGAAAACGCUGCACCAGACGCAGACUAGAUCGUUGGCCGUUGCAAAUAGAAGCUUCCACAAGCAAACGUUUUUACGAGUAAACGUGAUAAUCAAACGUUACAAGCAGACGCUAAAAGAAAAAGCCGUUGUAACAAGUGUAUGCUAGAUGUAAAACAUCUAGACAACGAACGAGACAGAAAAUAAGAUGCACUAGCAUCUGACUAGGUUGCGUAAUGCUCUGCUUAGUCGAUUAGGGAUUCUUCUUCGUCCCUUUUCAUUAUACGCCAAUAAACGAUCAUCCACCAAAAUCUUCAAACUUUUUAGCGUAUUUCCAGAUCCAUGCCAAACAAGGGGAGAUGGGGAAGAUAACGAGCCGCGAACAUGAGCUGUCUGCAGCAAUUGACGCACUUAAAAGUGAAAUCAUGAAUGCUGGUGGUGACCGGCGUCGACAUGCCGACGCUGAUUUCCAAAAGGCUGAGAAGGAGCUCGCAAGCCUGCAGCAAAAGAUUUCCAAGGAAAAAGCACAGAUCCAAUCAAGAAGAAAACAGGUACUACUUCUGCUUGUUCGUACAGAGAAGUAUCUAUAAUUAGGUCUUAGUAGAGGACUUCUAUGUGAAUGUGAAUGAUUAAACCUUGGACUUCUAUGUGAGUGUGCUCUUGCUUGCUUUUUCUCCCGCGUACUGACUAUUUAAUGGUAAGGCUCGCCACUUGUUACACUAGUACUAGGUACUUCAAACUUUUUGUUUUUCGGGCUUUUCUCAGAAUCUACCAAUCCCUACCAAAAUAUCCCAUUGCAAACCAAAAACUUGAAACUGUAGGCGGAACAGCAGGCCAACGUCGUGGAGACACAACAAAAAGAACUCUUGGCGCAGGACGAAAACUAAGGCACUCCUAUUUGUGUUUGCGAUAAUUUCGUGCUUGAAUAAAAUAGAAGUAGUACUAGAAGUACUAAAUCAAACUUUGAUGAGUCGGUAGCUAGUGUAGUGUUGGAGGUCCUACUGGUAAAAUAUUUUCGUGAACAGUGAGACUCAUUGACCGGCUGUUCUUCUCACUUGAUACUUUGUUGAGGAGAAUCAAUAAAUUAGAAUUUCAUUGUUCUAAGCAAACAUUGCAAACGAAGACGUGAAAGAGAAAGAUGCGUUACAGAGAGGUGAAGCGCUCUUCGCGGAUAUGGAAGUUAAGGCUACCGCUGAAACAUUCUCAACACCAUCCUUGGCUUCUUUUUCAAGGGGAAAAAGGGACCAAGGAUGGCCUCAGGGAUGCUACGCGGUAGCGCUAAGGAAGUGAACACGAAGACGAUUGAUGAUCUCACAAAGCUCCUGGACGAUAUUGAGAAAGAGCACCAGGGCUACGAGGGCGAUGUGAAGAAACUCAAAGACGAUCGCUUUGCGCUUUAUGAAAACAUGAUUGUCUAUUGCGCUUUAUUAUGAAAACAUGAUUACUUAUUCGAAAUCUUGAAAUACUUAACCGAGUUGCUGACUGAAAUGAGGGAGGUAGCUUUGACAGGGAUACUCUUCCUUGUUCAGUAUCUUGCUUAUAUUGAUCAGUUGCUUGCUUAUUUCAGUUUAUCGAAUAUGUAUUGUAACUAGAAGCUUAUAAACAAAGUUCAUCAAGUUGUAAUUUCUAUUUGUAUUUUGUUGUUGCUUAGAAGUGUGAGCAGCUUUGAUUAAUUCUCUUCGUAUGAUCAUUUAGCUUAAUACUGUGUAUCCACCCCUCUUCACCUGGUGUCUUUCGAUGAUUCUCUUCGUCGCCCACGUGGUCUUUAUAUAUUGACCACAUGUUUACUACAAAUCUAUUUUCCACUCCCUUUCUCAUCAUCCACAUUCUUCUAUUCUGAGACUCACAUCUUACAUCUAAUUCUAAGCCUAAGCAAGAAACCCAAUUUGAGUCUCCUUUCAUAUCUUCCAGAACCAAUUGACAGAGCAUGAAAAGGUGUACGAAACGCAGAAAGCCAAAACGGGCGUGCACGACGCAGAGCUCACGAAGUUAAGAUUUGUAUUUUUUUCUCUACUGACGAGAAAGAGCUGCAUAUUACAACUAGAGGUUGUACUCAUGCGAGAGCGAGUUUUUUACACGAAAGAACUACAGCUGAUGUCCUCGUGGACUUUCGAAGUAGAUGAAGACUGAGCGUCAUCAACCUAGUGAUUCUAAUUAACUGCAGAAAAGAAUUUGCGGAGUUGCCGGAAGAGGCAGAAACCGCAAUGCCCAGGCUCGACGAAGAAGAUCCUUUGUCGUCUGACGAUGACACGGAGGUGGAAGAACAAAAGUUAGAUGCUGCUGUCGCCGACAAUCCUGGAAAACAGGACCAAGCGCCUGAGCCAUCGCAGCCCGAAGUGGAUCAAGCUCCGACAGGCGGAAAGAAGGGUGCUGCUAAGAUGAAAAAGAAGAACGAUGCUAAAGGUGGGACGGGUGAUAAAGGCACGGGCAAGAAAGGCGCAGCAGCAGCUGCGGGGGCUGGCAAUGCACCACCGGCAAACCCACAAGAGCCGGGCAGCGGACAAGCAGCGGAACAAGUUGGGGGAUCGUCAAGUAGUUCGCAAGUACCUCAAUUAAGGUUGCUCACGGUAAUUCACUCCCACAAACGACCGUUUUUUUCUGCAGUUUCCUUAAUGUAGUUACAAGGUUCUGAAAGGAUGAACUUCCUUGGCAAGUGAAUCGCCGCAAGCGCUAACUCAACAAGCUGAACCUCCACAACCGAAAAAACCGAAGCGAACGCCUGAAGAAAAGCAGGCAAUAGCGGACCUCAGAAGACUUAUGAAGUAGACUCUUUUUCAGAAAGUGAAGAUAUAUUUCUUUGCUGAUAUAUUUCAUCUUAUUUGCAAACUUAUCGACACUGACGGGCCAAUCGGUGCCUUCGUUAGGGCAAGAACCAUAACAUUCCGUACUAUCGAGCAUUGCAUCACUCACAAUGGUCGUGCAUGAGUGCGAUUGGAUUUUUUAUGGAUAGAAGAGAAUAUAAGCAUUCCUAAAAAUGUUAGUUAUUCUCGACCUACUUCUAUCACUCCUACAUAAACCUCUAAAAAGAAGCGGCGUCUCGCGGCGGCUGUCCUAGGCGCGAACACUGGCGCAGAAGGGCGCAAUCCUAUCGAGGAGGACUUUCCGGAGGAUAUCAUUGUCAGUCUCCAGAACCACACUCAUGUCCUGGAGAUGCUACGACUAGAGGGGGAAACCAAAACCAAGAAAAAAAAUCCGAAUCUCGAAGUCAUCAAAGAGUACUAUCCAACUUUUCUUGGAUCUAGUUGUAUUGUACUUACAUGUACUAUAAUAUGCAAAUGCACUCGCGAAUGGUAAUGUUUUAUUUGUACUUCUUAUCUUAGCUGUAAGUCUAAGUACCAGAUGUAAGGAGCGGAGAUUGAUAGUCGGGCAGAAUCAUGAGUGCCUCCUACUCAUACUCUUGCUCGCAUCCAAAAAUAGGUACCGGCAGAAGGCGAAAAUAGCUUUGAAAAGACAACUGAAAUACGAGGAUGCGAACAGAAGACGGGAAGAGACGCGUUUGAAGCUCGAGGACGAGAAGGCUAAAAGGAAAGCUGAGUUUAUUUAUGACUUGAUCUGUCCUUUUUAGUUAGAGAAAAAUUCAUUUCUGAUUCUGAACAAGGCGUGUCGUAGUAUGUGUCCUACUACCAUACAUUUCAUCAUGCAGUGUGCCCUAGUAUGUGUCCCUGUGCGAGUUCUAUUAGCAUUUCAUAUUUAAUCAUGAAGUAUGUGGGAUCCCUCUUUGGAAUAACAUAUGAGAGGAAGCUUGUCUACGUCACCAUUUUCCUUUCAUGCUACGCUUGGCUACGAGCAGAUCUCGAAUAAUCUGAAAAUGAUGUACCAGAUGCUUACCAUGGGAGGUGACGCAGAAUUUGAACUGGUGGAGCAACACGAUCCUUUUAGUGAGGGCGUCGCGUUUUCCGUCAGGCCGCCGAAAAAAAGUUGGAAACAGAUCCAGAACUUGAGUGGUAUCAACGACGUGUUGCAUUCUAUCCAUGUAUAUUAAGGUAAUGCACAUCAAUGCAUAAGUUGGCCAGGCUUGUGAUGAGGCCAAAUACUACCCCGGGGAGAGGGUCGACACGCGCGCUCUGGGGGGCACUAGACGACAUUCCACCGGCCACAGUUGCCACCUCUUUGCAGUGAAAUAGGGCUAGGGGCGCGGGGAGUGCUUCCUUAUUAUUGCGGUGUCCUUGACGAAGCCGCGCCGUCUCGAGUUCGUAGCACCCCUGCCCGCGGUAACGCUUCCCCAUCAGGAUGAGACGCAACGAAGGGGGAGGGGGGGCGCGGAUGCUUGUGCGUUCAGCGCCUCCCUGGCUCCGCUUGUAAUGUAGUAGUCCCCCUGCCUUCCCUGGAAGGCAAGGGGGUGGAGCGUGGUGAGGGCAGGGGUGAGCGCCAGGCGAUGCCGCUUAGCUGGUUGAUAAGAGACGUGAGACAAGGCGAGGCACACUGACAGCGCGGGCCAGCUUGUCGCCUCUGUGUUUGGCCCGGGUGUUCGCCUUGGCUCACGACGUGGCUACUGUUAUGGGCGGCGUGGCUGACUGUUGGAAGCUUCUCCGCAGCGGCGGCACGGAGUGCUACCGGAUGGGCUUGAUGCGUUGGGAGGCGGCGCUGGUCUGGUCUGCUGCGUCGUGGGAUCCAGCAAAAUUGCUGUGAAGAAGAUAGAAGCACGGCGGCGGGCGUGUGCGGGUGAGUGCUGCGCCGCGCUCGUCUGAGUGGAUAGCACUGGAGGAAGCCCGCGGAGAAGUUCACCGCCGCAAAGGUCUGACACUUGUGCAAAUAAAGUAAGAGAGGCCAAGCAAGCAGCGGCAAGUGGGGCCGCAGUUGUUUCAUUCUGCGCGACUCGGUCAGCGAUGGGACGGCCAGAAGUCGCGCGUGCUCGCUAUCUUCGUCUUCGAGGGGGCUGCGUUUCGUUGCUUGGCGCGUGGACUGGUGGAAAGCCAUAGCCUUGGACGCGUGAGCAGGCUCGCCUCUUGUUGUUUGUAAAGGAGAGUGCCCGCCGGAGGGGAAAAAUGCCGAAGCGUUGUCGGGGAAACAGUUCGGAGGUGCUACGUGGCUUGUAGGUGGGCGCCGGCUGCAGCUGGGUGCCGUUGAUGGGGUGUGUUGUGAGGACUCGCACUCGCCUGCAGUAGCAUACGUUACAACUAAGGGGAAAGCAGGCAGACGGCUGCGCCGCGCUCGUCGUGUCGCCGGUGUGUCGUUUCACUUUCAAGGCGGUGCGUUUCACUCUGGCUGGCGAUUGUGUUUGGCUGAGUGGCUUCGCAAGUCAUUGUCAUUGCGAGCGCCAUCAGGGUGGGAAGUGGCGCUGCCAGGGUGAGGCGUGGGCGUUUGGAAUUUAUUAUAUUAGGAGUGGAGCUGGCAGGCGGCGGUGGGUCUUGACGUUGAGUCAUGCCAUACGGUAGGGAUGGAGGAGGAGGCAGGGGGCCAGCCCCGCCGAAGGGCGAGCGUUUGCGUGUCGUUGUUGGUUGUCUUGUUUCUUUGCUUGUUGUGUUCUUUCUGCUUGCCAUCAUGCUGAGAGCUGAGGCCGAGGGACACAGAGGGAGCGCGGCGCCGCUUGUGGCUUGCGAGCUGCGUCGCACCUUUUUGUGUUUUUGUCGUUGUCUUGUUUUGUUUGCGCACCGUAACGGCGUGCAAGCUGCCUUCGCCUGGGCGUGCGCUUGCGUUAGCUCCAGAAGAAGUAGGGACUUAUAUAUAAGGCAUCGUCUGCGCGGUAUAGUAUUGUAUGGGCAUCAAGGGGCGCAGCAAUAGAAUAGGCUGCCGGCCUUGAUCUGUCUGCUUGUAGUUUGUCACAGAUCUUGUCUCCGGUCUGUUGCUUCUAUUCUUGUUCCCACGCAAACUCUGUACUGAUUUCUUGUCUUGUGUGUCGCCCGCUUCUGCUUCUGGUGUGUGGUUUAUUUUCGUGCCUUCUCCUGAAAGACAAAGAUGUGCGCGUGAUUGUUUAGCACUAUGAUUGAAUAAGCCCAAACGCGUUGUUGACUCACCAGAGAACAAAGAACUUCUUUAGCCGAGUAGUUCCUACCACCUAGCAUCUGUUUUAUAAAUAUAUAUUUGCAAUUGACUUCUUUUUAGGCAUCCUUACCUAUUCUUUAAUGUUCAUCUCCAUGGUUCUCGCCAUCAGGUGGCGAAAAGACCUUGGCAUCACUAUCCUUGGUGUUUGCGUUGCACCAGUACCGACCAACGCCGCUCUACUUCAUGGACGAGAUCGAUGCAGCGCUAGAUACCCGCAACGUCGGCAUCAUCGCACAGUACAUCAAACGGCACACGAAAAAUGCGCAAUUCAUCAUCAUCUCCCUGCGAAAUCAAAUGUUCGAGCUUGCGGACUACCUGGUCGGCAUUUGCAAGGUCAACGAUAUCUCGAAUUGCACCACGCUGAGUCCGGGUGAGUGGGUUGUUCCGCCUACAAUCCAGCGCCACUCUUUUGGGGGCGAUAAUUUUAGCAUCGAUCCGAUUCGCGAACCUCUGCCGAUCUUGAAUGCUGUCUCACAGUCGAGCAAGCAGGCACCAAAAUUAUGGUAGAUUGGCUUUUGAGUGUUUUGUUCAUCAUCCAUUCCAAAGUUUAUGCAGCUCGAGUAUAAUAUAUGUACCAGGGAGAGAGGCCCCCCCUGUGGAUGGAUCUGUGGGCAGCACAGUGGUGGAAGAGCGACGAGAGCAGAACGAGGAACGAGAGAAGAACAAGACCGAGAGCAGAACGAGCGACGAGAAGCGCCCACCCGUGACGUGGUCGCCUCUGGCAUACCCAUCCACAGGGGGAAGAUAACGGCAAAAAGAGCCGAAAGAAGGGAGGCACUCGCCUGCCCCGAUCUGUAUAGCACACACGUCAAAUCGGUAUAGCACACACGUCAAAUUCCUUGGUUGGUUCCUUGGUUGGUUGUGGUUCGUUGCUUGCUUCGUUGCUUGCUUCGUUGGUUGGUUGGUCUGUAGGGUACAUGCAAGAAGCCCGAAGGGCUCAGAAGUGGGCGCUUUGAGGCCUUCCCGCCCGGCAGCCCCUCGAAAAGAGGGGCCGGGGCGGGGAGGCCCCCCCCCUCAACAAGUUAGAUCGGGGAGGGGGCCUCCCGCCCUGAGCCCUGGACCAUAUAUAAGGAAUAUUCAUAUUCCUGAUAUUCCUGAAAAUACUUAGACUUACUAGUGUACUCGGCUGUUAUAAGUAAAAAGUAGAACAUAUAGCAGGGUUAUCAACAUGGGACUUCGCUAAUUUCAGUCAAUGACAACGCUGCUGGCGCAGGUGGUACGAAUAACACAGAGAGGACCAGAAAACGGAAAGCCGCUGCCGACUCCAUCCAGGUGUAAGUGUGUAAGACCAUUGCUAUUAAGAUGUAGGGCAGCCAGAAGUUGAACUUCUUGCGCCCUGCCCUCAAGGAACGCACACUAAUCACUUCUUUCAUUCACAUGAAAUUACUCAUUCAAGAACUUCCAUUUUAACGUUAGACUGACCAAGCGUACUUGCGAUGUAGCAUUCGAAAAUAUGAUCAUUACGUUUCGCGAGACGGGUUUCAUAAUAUGCAAUCGUUCCGGAAAAAUUAUCGUUUUCAGUUGUUGUUCUGUUUGCCAGAAGUGGAAGACUCAAUAUCAAGAUCUCACUCUUUAGUCCAUUUUAGUUUUACUGUUUUUUUUACCGGUAUACCUGACAACAAGCGAUGAAACUGCUGUCCUGGUACUACACCACGACACGCAGUUGCGUCACACAAGGAUAGCGUCAUGAAGAUACAUACUUAACAAGAUCAGUUACCUAGUCAUUUUUUUGCAGUCUAUUUAACGCUAGCCAUAGCCUGUCAAAUAGCGUUACUCGACAAAGUGUGUGCGUUCAGGAAGUAUCUGCAUUAACUGUAUCAUUCAACAAGUGUGUUGUGCGUUCAGAAGUACACUUUCUGUUUCUCUUUUUUUUCUGAUAGAUAAUAGUAUGCAUUGCAAGGGGAAUCGAAGAGGAACAUCAUAAUUAAUGACUAGAAUACUACUACUCUUUGUGGCCGCCUCGAAGAUUCUUCAUUCUACAUUAGAGGCUGUGAAUGUUGAUUUUUGUCAUCUGUCCUUUUAUUUCAUAAUUGUCAUGUCGUGGUCAUCCCCUUGAAUUCGAUGUUGCCCAACAACAGGAGUGUGUCAAAGGUAGUGCUGUAAGGAAUUACAUUGCUGCCAUAGUAGCUAAACUACAUACUUGUAUUUUGUCUACUUGGAGUCGCAGCUGCGGGGAGGUCGGCGCCCUGUGGGGGCAACCUGAUUGAUUGGUCUACUACUAUGGAUGGCCUUUAGUGGGCUAGGUCAGCGGGAGCACAGGCGUGCUCGCAAGCACAGCCCAAAUUUGGCCCUGGGUCUGUUUUAGUUCCUCUGUUAUCCAGCACCGCCGCUCGUAAGGCGGCCGCAUACAGUUGACUGAUCGGGCCCGGAAAUAAAAGGCCUGACGCGGAGCUUUCUAAGAGAAAACGCUUGCGGCGCAGUAUGCCCAUCUUUCUUCGUUCCAGGUUCGCUCAUGCGCAAACACUCUGCCACUGUAAGUUUUUUCCAAAAACAAGAUUUCUAUACAUAGUGGUCAUUCAGAAUGCCAGCGAAAGUAUAAAGAGGGCGGAAAAAGCCAGAGAACGAUGACAUUGAU